CAUCAUGGGAUAAAAAGCUACUUUCAAAAGGAGGUAAUCAUGGUGGAGGCAUCAAGUGGAUGGCUUGGGAGAGGCUGACAGUCCCUAAAAAAUUUGGUGGGAUGGGCUUUAGGAAUUUCUCUGCUUUUAAUGUGUCUCUCCUGGCGAAACAGGGAUGGCGAUUCUUGGUGACCCCUGAUGCUUUGGUCUCCCGAGUCUACAAAGCUAGAUUCUGGCGUAUUCCAGUUGCUCCAAAAGUGAAAGUUUGUAUCUGGAGGGCAUUAAGGGGAGUUCUUCCCACCAUGGGAACUCUCAAUUCGAGAAGAGUGGAGAUUGUAGAUAAGUGCCCUUUGUGCGGUAUUGAUGGAGAGACGGUGGAUCAUCUCAUUUUGAGGUGCCCGUUUACAGAAGAGGCACGCUCCCAGGUGGACUCGCUUGGAGAUUUGCAAGUCGUGUGUUGGACAAUCUGGAGCAUUUGGAAGGUCAGAAAUGAUGUCGUGUGGAAUCGGAGGGCUCCUCAACCCAGUUCCGCACAUAGACUUGCCAUAGACAUGCAUAAAGCAUGGUGUGAUCGGUUUCAAGCUGGUCAAACGGAAGAGCUCACUCAUACAGGAACAACGGAUAUAGUGCAACAGUCGCCAAGAAAUGGCUCCUUUGGAAUUGCUUUUAACGGGCCGAUUCAAAGCACCCAAGACCCAGCGAUGGCAGAAAUCAUGGCUUGCAAAGAGGAUGCUUUGGAUGGUAAUGACUAAUGAGCAAUGGUUGCUGGUGACUAGGUGCUUUCAUUUCUGUAUGGUUUGAGUUGUUAAAAUCAGAGGAUCAGGUAUAUGUCGAAGUUACACUCCAAAAGAGGAUUGAAACAGAAUGCUACAUCUCAGAACUUGCUUUGUGUUAAGUAUAAGUUUGCAGGAUCUACAAAGUUCUACAUCAGAAUGCACACAACUAAAGAAAGUUAUGCAAUUGGAGAUGCUUGAAUUCCAGGUUUUAUUUCAAACAAAAGGGUCUUGAUUGG